AUGGAAUGCGUUGUACAUCUGACCUGGCAGCAUUACGUGACAUGGAGUAAAAUCCACAUUAUAACCCAAAACCUUUGCGGCUUCUCUCAUCUCUUUAAUAUCUAUCUAUCUAUCUAUCUAUCUAUCUAUCUAUCUAUCUAUCUAUCUAUCUAUCUAUCUGGUUUCUUUAAAAUCUGUUUUUUUCUUUCUUUCAUUUAUUCAUUUUCUUUAAAUUUCCUUUCUUUCUUUAAUACGUUCAUUUUUAUCAUUCUUUAUUUCACUCAUUCAUUUUUCUUUUUUCAUUUGUUCAUUUAUUUUAUGCAUUUACAUUCAUUCAUUAUCUUCCAUCCAUUCUUUCUUCUUUUUCUUUCUUUUAUACAUUCAUUUUUCUCCUUUUCAUUUAUUUCUUGCAUUCUUUUCUGUCUUAUAUUCAAACAUUCAAUAAUUCUUUCUUUCUUUUCAUUCCUUUUAUUUGUCAAUUUUCCUUUUUUCAUUCGUGUUUUCUUUCAUUUAAUUUACUUUCUUUCUUUCUUUCUUUCUUUCUUUCUUUCUUUCUUUCUUUCUUUCUUUCUUAUCCAUAAUUACGUCCCCCUUUUUCCACUCCGAGGAAAAUAA